AUGAGUUCAUCUAAUACACCAACAGCAACAUCUAGAGAAAUUUUCAUACCGUCGAUACAUGAUGGAACCCUUCUAGAAGCCAGAGUUACAUAUUUUAGAAAUCCAAAAGUUAAUAAGGUUAGCGAGCAGCAACCUGUAAAUUCUGUUGUUAUUUCUCAUCCAUAUGGGCCAUUAGGAGGAGACAAUGAAAAUAAUGUAGUUAUAGCAUUUGAAAAUUUCUUUUUACGACGAGGAUAUCUCACUGUUGCUUUCAAUUUUCGAGGAUCCGGUAGAUCGGGUGGUCGUAACACUUGGAGUGGAGAAGCCGAAACAAGCGACUAUAACACAAUGCUCCAGUUUCUAGGUAAUCGUGGUAAAGAUCUCAAUAGCGAUCGAAUAAUAAUGGAAAUACCACCAAUUAAAGAAAUAAUUAUAGCAGGCUACAGCUACGGGUCACUAAUUGCCACUACACUCUCACCCAUCACAAUUACCUCCAACACAUCACCGAUUCCGAUCCCAAUCUCAUUUAUAUUAAUAAGUUACCCACUAUCUGUAAUUUGGUUCCUGACUUUUUUCCGCGGUUCGAAAUACUCUCAGCACAUGAAAUCAUUACUAGAUAACAAUAAUUCCCGGGUAUUAUUUGUUUAUGGAACGUCGGAUCAGUUCACGGGUGUAAACGCAUAUAAGAAGUGGAUCAAGGAUAAUAAAAUUGAAGAGAGAAAUAUGUGGAGUGUAAGAGAGUUACGUGGUGGUGAUCAUUUUUGGUUCGGUCGAGGAAUGGAGGAGAAAUUGUUGCAUGUUUUAGAAGAGUGGAUUGAUGGAAGUGGGGGUGGUGGUGCGA